UUCAAUUUCUAGACUGUCAAACGGCAAAAUGCAAGCUGAGAAGUCUGCUGCGGAACAGCCGACGGCUCUCGAGCUGAAAAAGCUCCGGAAGCAACAGAAACGUCAAGCGAAACGAGCGGCAGCCGCAGAGAGGCAGAAAAAACAUGUGCGGGAUCAUUUGAAAAGGGAGCAAAAUUUCUCCCUGGAAACGGAAAAACGUGUAUUCCAGGAUUGGGAGCAGAUGUGUUCGGAUGUCAAAUAUGAAGAGCUUCAUGAAGAAAUGCUUCAAAUGAAACAGCAUUUUCAGGUAUUGAUUGAUAGAAAGAACGCGUGUAUUGAGAGAUUAAUGCAGGAUCGGGACGAGAUGUAUACUAUCUACUCAAGAAGAUCGCAACAAGUCAGGCGGCUGGUCGAGUAUUGUCUAGCCAUUCACAAAUACUUUACAACCAAUUUAUCCGAUGAAUACACCGAGGACUGCCAAACCCUACUAACUAUGUUCCGACGAGAAACCGAGAUUAAGGAGGGCCAAGGGAACGAAUGCACCCAACAGAUGGAGGGAGCUCUGAUCUCUCUGGAAGAAGCGAUGGAACAGGGAUUGGUUGAUGAUCGGGUCGAAUUUAUUAAGAAAACCGAUGACAACGUUAACACGCACAUUGAACGUCGCGGGAGACUCCGGGAUAGACUAGCUAAACGUAUGGAACAGCUCCGUCGAGCAAUUGAAUUCACCGUCGAUAACUACUAUGACACUAUUAUCAACACGGAAAGAGGAUUGUUAUACCAGAAAACGCUUGAAUGUGAUAAAGCUUCUGUACGGAUAAUUGUAGACAACCGCAGUAAAAUGAAAGCACUUAACAGAACUAUUCGCAAUAUGAGAGGUCAAAUCACCAGUGUAGAAUUAGCUGGCACUCAUAAGAAGAAUAAAAGUAGAUUAUCCAAAAAGAAACUUUUGGAGAAGAUCCAUACUAAAAAAUGGCAGUUGGAAAAAAUGGAAGAUUACCAUAUGGACAGGAUGAAAGUGCUGUCGAGUGAAGCGCAUGAAGUUAAAAAAUAUCUAGAUCAUCAUCAUGAACGCGGGAAGCUCAUUUUAAACCUGGCUCAAACCUGUGCCAGCUAUGAGUGCCCAGACGAUGAAAAAUAUUUCCAGAGACGCAUUGAUCAAGGACACUCUCGUAUUGAUUGUCCGCCUGAAUUUGAAUUCUUGUUCGAUAAAAUGAAUCGCGUGCAGGCAAUGAGUAUUUUAUUGAAGGAAAGUAGAGACCAGCUGCAGCAGAAUAAUCGAGCACUUCAGCUCCAGUUCCAAGAGUAUUGUAAGUUGAAUGGGAAAGAAACCAAUCUGUCCAGUCUGCAGCCAGUGGUGAAGGAAAUUAACGAGUCGCCAAAAUGAACUCUAUGUGUUUCGGGAUGCCAUUAACGCAAUUUGAGAAGAAAUUGAG